AUGGAUCACAGUUUAGAAGGCGUACGAAGCUAUACGGAUUACACCAUAAGGGUGCAACACGAUUGGCAUCUCUGUUUAAGAGAACCAGUGUCACAAUUUUACAUAUCCAUGAAGCCUAAUCCAACGAGUAGUCGACUGGAAUUUCACGUCCAAGUCACAAAAAUGAUUGAUGUUUACGCGUGUACUGUUCUUCCUCCUCAGCACGAUUUCGGGUCAAUUGAUAAAUUUCAAGUUUCGAUCGAUGAUUUCAGAAAUCUUCACGUCUCUUAUCAUAACCAACGGACCAUAUUUGUUCCUCCAUGUGCACAAAUCACAACACAUGGUUUGGCCUCAUCGAUUCUAUCGUUAGAUUUUUCCAAAUCCGGGCAAAGCUAUGUUGCUGCAGAUAAUAAUGGGAAUAUGGUGGUUGCAAAUGCGACAAAUGGACAGCCAAUGAGAUUCUUAAGAGGACAUACUCUUGAUGUCAACCGAUGUCGGUAUCUUCCAUCGGACCUUGUUAUUAUCAGUGGAGGACUCGAUAUGAGUGUCCGAAUCUGGGGAAUCGAUGAUGGUACAUGCGCGCGUGUGUUAAUGGGUCAUACGAGAGAGGUGACCGGCAUUGGCGUUCUCGGAAUUGGCAAAGAAGUGUUAUCGUGCUCAAAAGAUGGGUCUGCAAUCAAGUGGCAUGUUGGCGAAGGAAAAAUUCUUGAGCAAUGGAAAUUUGAUUCUGGCGAUUGCGUUGAUUUGGCCGUGAGCCUCGACAAUUCAAUGUUUGCUGUGAUUUGUGAACUCGGCAUUCUAUCGAUCAUUCGGCUCAACGGUGCACCACGCAUUGACAUUUACAUUCCUCAAAAUGCGACAUGUCUGUGCUUUGCUGAAAAUGUAGUUCCGCGCCAUCAGAAUUCAGUGGCAAGUCAGAUUUUUGUCGGAUUUGAUGAUGGUCACAUCGCUUUAUACGGAAUUUCUGAGAAAGUAUUUUCAACAUUUGUCGCAGAGGUUAACACGUUUGCUGGAAAAGUUACUCGUUUAAUACAGGCAUACGAAAGAUUAAUUGUUGGAUUUAGUGACGGUCGAAUCGCAGUUUAUCCAGUUUCAAUAUUUACACCAGGAAGUCCUGGAAUUGGCGGAAAAAACGAUAUUAUUGCCGAAUUUGAGCUCACCGGAACCGAUUUGAAUCCAAUUAACGAUAUCGUUGUCGUUGAACGAUAUGUUUACAUUUGUUCGCGAGACAUGCUCAUCAAGCGAUAUGCGAUUCCAUGGAAUUAA